CGGGCCUCUGCGCCGUGCGGCCAAUGGGGACUGGGCCUGGAGGCCGGGGCGGAGCGGCCCCAGGGCGACGCCCGGAGUGGCGGUUGUUUCAAGAUGGCGGACGUGGCGGGCCCCUCCCGCCCCGGCGCGGCGGCGUUCUGGAGCCGGGACUUUUCUGAUGAAGAACAAUCAGUAGUAUAUGUUCCAGGAAUUUCUACGGAAGGAAAUAUCAGAUCAAGACACAAGAUGAUGAGUCCAAAAGCUGAUGUUAAACUUAAGACUUCCAGGGUGACUGCUGCUUCAAUCUCCAUGGAGUCUUUAAAAGGUGCAGGAGAUUCCAUAAAUGAACAGAAUUUCUGCAGGGGAGGAAUAAAGAGUGCAUCACUGAAGGAUUUAUGUCUUGAAGACAAAAGACGCAUUGCAAACUUAAUUAAAGAAUUGGCCAGAGUAAGUGAGGAAAAGGAAGUGACAGAAGAACGACUCAAAGCUGAGCAGGAAUCAUUUGAGAAGAAGAUCAGGCAGUUGGAAGAGCAGAAUGAACUGAUCAUCAAAGAAAGGGAAGCUCUUCAGCUACAGUAUAGAGAAUGCCAAGAACUUCUAAGCCUCUAUCAGAAAUAUCUAUCAGAACAACAAGAGAAACUCACCAUGUCUCUCUCAGAACUUGGUGCUGCUAGAAUGCAGGAACAACAGGUAUCCAAUACGAAAAGCACUCUCCGGUCUUCCUCUGUAGAACUGGAUGGUUCCUACUUGAGUGUAGCCAAACCACAAACCUACUAUCAAACCAAGCAAAGGCCUAAGUCUGCAAACCAGGACCCAGCUUCAGAAUCCCUUGUGGAGUUUAGGAAUAAUUCUUUGAAACCAGCAGCCCUUCAUUAUCCCAGAGAGGAUCUAGACAGGGUGCAGUCAGAGACCAGAACAUGUAAUUAUGGAUCCCCAGGGAGAAAACUAGUAGAUGCAGUCCCUACAGAGAAAGCUCCACCAGAGGAAUUGAAGAUGAAGGAAUGCCAACACCUUAAGCCUGCUCCCUCUAGUCAGUGUUGUGAUCAUAGACUUUCUGAAAAUGCAGAUCAUGUUCAUGACAGCCAUCCUACAAACCUGGCACCUCAAUAUUCCAAGACACGUCCAGAAUCAUGCAGUUAUUGUGGGCUUCCCUGGGCAUCUCUGAUGCAUGGCCGAGGGGCACUUCAGCCUAGUGAAACUGAUGUCAAAAAGCAACUCUCAGAAGAUAGAAGGCAGCAACUUAUGCUUCAGAAAAUGGAGCUGGAAAUUGAAAAGGAGCGCCUUCAGCAUCUGCUCGCCCAGCAGGAGACAAAGCUGCUCCUAAAACAGCAGCAGCUUCAUCAGUCUCGACUGGAUUAUAAUUGGUUAAGAACUCAAGCUGUAUUUAAGUCAAGAGAACUGGUUGCUCAUAAAGAGCUUGCUAAACCCCAAGAGCUCAAUCUGGAUAUGAAUGGUCGUGACUCUGGACCAAGUUUAUUGAAGUCAAAAUGUGAUGGCUGGCUGCUUGGAACAUCACCAUCCAUCAAAAAGUACCAAGAGUCCACUAACAGUGGAGAGAAUAGAAGUGAAAAGAAGACAGUUGGGUUUCAGUCGCAUAUGGAAGAUGAUGCCCUGUGGACAUGUCAAAAGAAAGAUACGUAUCGACCCCAAAGAGGGACAACAUCAGGAGUUGGAAAAGAUGCGUCCACAUCUCCAAUGACAACAGGAAACCAAAAGCAGCUUGUAACCACAACCACAUCACCGUUCCAACACAACUCCUCCCGGUAUGAGACAUCUCUGUUGGAUUUGGUUCAAUCUCUGAGCCCAAAGUCUACUUCCAAACCUCAGCCCCAUCCCUCCAGAGAAGUUGGGGCCUGGAAUCACAGUACUCGCCGACUCAGUCCUCUAAAAUCAACCUGGAACAAGAUGGGGGCAGGCAGGACCCCUGAAGACCUAGAGGAAAAGCAAAUUCUGGAAGAUAUCUUUUUCAUUUGACACUGAAGCACAUGCUGCAAAAUUUCCACCAGAAAUAUGUGGGUUUCCUUGUAUACUGAUCUAGGAUUUUAAAUUAUUCAAUUGCAAAGUAAUAGUGUCUCCCCUUUUGCAGGGAUCUAUCCCACUAGCAUCCUGUUAUGUAUUGAAUAUAGAAAUCAUUCUAACAACCCAGGGUGUUUUUGAUCAGACCAGUCAGUAGAUAGUACAUUAAGGGGGUGGAGGUGGAGGGCAGUAUCUUUUCUAUGACACGCAGAGAUUAGAAAAUUAACAUAGGACAUGUUAAUUUGUUAAUAUGCCAUAUGCAUGGCAGAGGCAUAUUCAGCAUCAUUUCAAGAGUGUUUCCUUUUCAAUAUUUUGCUGGAAAAGUUUGGCUCUCUUUCGUACACGAGGAAAACCUUUCCUCUGAAAGACCCCUCUAAUUUAAAAGUGACCCUUUGUAAUGUAAGCAAUUUCAGACAGACAGACCCUUUUACCUGUCCACCCUGUUCUCUCACCACUUACCUCUAUCUAAGUGUAGUCAUUUAAUUCUGAAGUUAUAGUUGGUGCCCCUACUGUCACAAGCAGCACUGAGGACCAAUUGCCAGUCCGUCUUAUAAGUCAUCAGCCUGGCACCUGCCCAUCCCAUAACCAAAAGGGCUCAAUGGGCUAGAGGCAGGGACCCAACCAACCCUUGGAAACUGGCAUUAAAUCACACAACAGAGUGACUGCCCUAGGGAAAUCCAGUGGAGGCACAAGCCUAAAACCUUUUCCUUCCAUCCUCACAUUUCCCAGGAUAAAUAAGAGCAAUCUUAGUAUUUUUUGUUGACCAAAGUAUCUACUUUAUUCAUCCUUAUGAACUUCCUUUGACUGUGUCUGGGGAAAAUGCCACUAGAAGGAGAGUACCAUCCAGCUGCUGCAGACUGAUAGGCUUUCCCUGGCCUUCCCUCUCACCCCGUGAGGAUCAAAGGCACUGGGUUGACCAGGCCUUGCACAUGCUCUCCUCAGGGCCACUGUCCCAUGGCCCCAAAGAACCAUCUCUGCUUGCCAGAUUAUGCUCCACCACCCCAAGCAGAGUGUCCCCCAACCCUUUCCCACUGGGCCUCACUCUGACGCAGAGAAAGCCUAUGGAAGAAGUCUACUCGAGAUCUCCUUCUCUCUCUGUUCUACUCAGCAGAGCUCUUGAGAUGGGUCCUUCAGCUUACCCUGAGCUCUAGUAGCCUCUCAAGCUGAUGGGCAAUAUGAUGAGCCUACUAGAGCCAGUGAGUUUAAAACUUUCCAGUCAUUGGAAGCAAGGAGAAGAUAUAGCCCCAGAUGUGUAUUGCUCAAUGACUUUAUCUGAUCCAGAGAGUGUUGCUUUUUUUUCUCUCUCUUUCUUUUUCCCCAACCCCAGGUUUGAACUGGGACAAAGACUCUUUGUCAGUCAGUAUUGGUAGCCAAGGUCAGCCCGCUCAGGGCAGCACUUAGUGAGCCUGCAUGGCUUCCCUAAAUUCCUUAUCAAAACUAGAGUACUUCAGCCUACAAAAGCCUUGUUGAGCAGCUUCCUUGUCUGGAUAGCUUCAAAUCUGAUUGUCUCUUCAGGCUGAGGCCCUGUUGCCUCCAACCAGCCUUCCUUCACUUGGGUCUUUUUGUUCUUUAGAGGAGAGAAGAAUGGAGACUACGGAUACCAUAUUCUUAAUCUGAGGUAAACAUAAGGUCAGAACCAACUAGUUGUAGUUAUUCACCUGAAAAGUUGAAAAAUCAUUGCAGAUUAUAUCCUUUUAAAGUUCACCCCUGUGAGAGUAACUGAAUUAGUUUCAUCCCAUUUCAGAAAGCUUUGGGAAAAUGGAGCUUUCUUUGGUGUGGCAAAAAUGGGUAGAAGCAAACUGAGACCCUCGGCCAUUUUCUCAGUUAAAGUUAGGUUUCCAGAACUAUCUUUUUCUUGCUCCAUGUGUCAUGACCACCUUAAGUAAUCCGACUCCCUUGGAUCAACCAUAACCACACUCACCCGUUUUGGACACCAGUGUCCUUACUGCUCUCCAGAGUAAGGAUGCCAGAAGGACCAAGAAAAGGAUUAUGAUUUCUUCAGGAAGCUUGUUUGCCUUUAGAAGAAUCAUAAACAGGAUCUGAACUAAAGGCUUUUUGGAGGUCAUAUGCCAGAGAAUGGAGUUUAACUGCUUCUUUACUUCCCCCUGAAUGAGCAAUUUGGAAGGGCAAAGAUGGAUUUUCAGCGGAGUGUCAGUUAACAUAUUUUUCUUAUGCCACAUCCCUCCACUAGUUGCCUUUGUCUGUCCUGUAGGCAUUUCCUGAGUGUCAGGGCAACAGGAUGUGAAUUGUGUCUAAUUUCACGUCUUCAUUAUGAAUUGAACAGUAUAUGUAAACAUUUUAAUCUGUGUCUUACUUUGAGAUAUAGACAUAUAUAUAUGAAAAGGUUGUCAUACAGCCUCGAGGCUAUUGUAGACCCUGGAGGCUUAACCUAAUUGCAGACUAACCUACCAAGAGAAGGUCAGAAAGGAAUCUACCUUUCCUCCCUGUGACGUGCUCUCGACAGUGACUGGUUGGGAUUUGUUUGCCCAGCCUCCAGCCACUUCCCCAAAGCAAGAUGAGACACAUACUAGGGGUGCAGCUGAUAGUGCUACCACGUUGCCCACGCUGCUUCCCACCAUUCUGCGAAAGAAAAACCAAUCAGUGUUUGCAAAAUGGAAAAGGACGAAGUGUCCAUUGAAGCUCCUUAAGUAGGGCCCAAAGUGCUUGAUUUAGAAAACAAAGGUUAAUCAAGGAAAAGCUUUUGCUGACAGUCACCCUUCCAGGAGGCACACUUGUGUUUAUCCAUACCUGACCCCAUGGUGGGGACUUGUCUAGAGUACCCAAAUGUCAUGGGGAGGGAGGGGCUCUCUCCUCCUUCAGAGCCACUCUUUUCACUUGGCCUGCUUCCAGCACCAUGGUUCAUACGAGAGAUUUGCUGGCCAGAGACCCUGGGAAGGGACAGGCCUAAAGGAGCAGAGCCAGAUGAAGUCUGUGGUCAUUAGGGAGGUGGGGGCUAUGGAAGACUCCUCCCAGCUCACGUUUCAUCCUCACCUCAGUGUGUGUUGUGUUUAACGUGGGCAAAUGUUGAUAUAAAUAUGAGAUUUUAAGUUAAUAAAUUAUCUCUAUGACCAUUUUCCCCAUGUGGGUUUGUUAUUGAAUUGUCCCUUGAACAUCCCUCAUCAGGUCAGUGUGGCACAGCUUAAAAGCAAGACCAGUGCCCCAGGUUAUCAAAAUGUUAUUUUCCUGAGUACUUGUUAAAACUGUUAAAACAACAGCAGCUUGUGGUCCAUGGAGAGAAAGGAAAUGGUUUGCCACAUUGUAGUAGGUUUUCCUGGCUGACUGCAGCCCACUCCAUCACACGGACACCAAGCCUCCUCUCAGUCGUGUGGUUACUGGAAUGGAAGGUUCAAUCUCUGCGCACCUCUGAGUCCGUUCUCUGUGCCUAUCCCCAAAACUGCUCAGCGAGGAAGAAAUAUCACAGCACUUGGAGACAGGAAACAUGGUCCUGCCCAGUUGGCUUUAGGUACUGGGAGAAUGUAGGUGAGGGCUAGAGUGCCUGAAAUACCCAGUUCUAAGAUCACACCUAUGGAUUCAACUAAGGCAGGCAGAGACCCUGUCUUGCCCCCUGCUCCUCAAGCCAGCCUGGCACCUCCACCUGAGCAAGGAGACUUUGCAGCUACCCUUCCUUCAGAGGCAGAAGUGGCAAGAACAGAAUCAUCACUCAACCAGCUCCCAAGCUGAAAAUGAAAUAAGUAAAGUUUGCCCCAAUUGUCAUAAGGUGACCCUUGAGUCUGGGAACAAAGCUGGAGAUGAGUGGGGUGAGGGUGUCACCCUACUCCUCAGAGGAAGAAUGACCUGGCAGCUAGAGGACCAGUUUCAUAAAUUAGUUAUCAGUUGCAUGGUUUCUCAGACUUGCUGUUCAAGGUGGGUGGUUCCUAGACCCCUAGGGUUCCAUUGUUCCAUUCAGAAGUGGAACCUUCUAACCUCUCAAGCUUCAGCUUCACAGCUAUCUUUCCUCCCUGUUUACCUCCACCACUCACACACUCAGGAUUGAGUAAGCACCUAGAAAAUGCUCUGAGCCUUGUCCAUCUCCACUCCCCCUCCCGCUGUCAUCCCACCACCUUCCAGAGUCACAGAAUUCUAUGUCUGGAUUGGACCUUAGAGCCCAUAUAAUCCAUCACUUCCAUUUUACAGAUGAAGAAAGUUCUGAAAAAAGUUAUUGUCUGAGCUCCCACAUCCUGUCAGUGGCAGGUCUUGCUACCAAGCUGGUACCCUCCCCACUAUAGUACAUCACUACCAUAAUCUGGUGUUCAAAGAUCAACAUUUUUAAGAAUCUCAACUAGAACUGAACGUUCCACCACCAUCUCUCAGAAAUGAGCUCUCA